AUGGCAUCCUCACGGUUGUGGCAGCAAUCGUUGUCGCAGCUACGUGGUCAGUCCACACACGUAGCGCGGCGUAAAUAUACCCCGUACGAAAAGCCGUGGACCCACGAUAAAUUUGACGAACACCAGGACGGCCAGGCACGCCGUCACGCACGGCCUUCACGACCUGCCUCCUCGCAUGGUAUCAAAGUCGUGCUGCGACAGGUCCAUUACGAAGUAGCUCCUGACCGUAUUCGAUCUCUUCUUGUGGGUAUAGCCCCCCUUGUGAAAGGCCCUUCCAUACAGUACGAUGCAGCAGGUCGGCCCACAGGCCAAGUUACAGCGUGGUUCAGGAACGAGGCUGAUGCACAAAAAGUGCAGCAACAACUGCAUGGCAUGACGUUUCAUGAUCAAGUUCUCGAUGUGUCUGUCUCUCUUGAGCCGACCACCAACUCGUCACUCGCUGCGCGCCUGGCACCGUUGCCUUCUGAGGCACGACCUAAAAAACCACGACGUACAAAAAAAUCGGCACCGACAUCGCGGCCGGCCUUAUCGGCGGCCGACCUCGAUGCCGAAUUGGAUGCGUUUAUGAAUACAUCAUCGAUGACUACAGAGCUAUAA